AUGCUUUCACGAGCGCGCAUUGUCGGGCCAGUAGGCCGGCAGCUACGCUAUGGGCGGAUACCCCCCACACGCGUAUUCACGUCCACCCGUCCUGCCCAAGCUUCCAGCGGGACUCUACGGAAGGCAGCACGAUACACGACUUAUCUCGUCACGUCGUCCGUCGUGGGCGUCCUGGCCGUCACCGGUGCCAUCUUCUUGCACGACGCGUUCACGUACAGCGAACGGCACAUAGACCGCGUACCCGUCAACCCCCUCGCGCUCCAUCCAGAAACAGGCGGUCCCAACAACUUGCCGAUCGCAGCAGUCCUCGUUGACGACGAAGAAGAUGAAGAAACCAAGAAGAUCAGCGAGAAACCCAAGCUGGUCAUAGUCGGGGGUGGUUGGGGGGCAGUCGGCGUGCUUGACACCCUUCGCGCCGGCGACUACCAUGUCACCGUCAUCGCGCCCGAUACCUUCACGACGUUCACUCCACUCCUGCCCUCUGCUGCCGUUGGUACCGUCCAAGUUCGGUCACUCAUAGAACCGCUCCGGAAAGUGAUAGCGCGGCUACGCGGGCAUUACAUUCAAGGCGAGUUGCGCAUGUUCAGCUCUGCGGUAGAUAUCGUCAUGUCCGACCGUCUCCUGGAGGUAGAAGUCGACGCUCCUGAAGGCAGAAGGAGGAUAUACGUGCCAUACGAUAAACUCGUCAUCGCUGUUGGCUCUACUUCGGCGACUCACGGCAUCAGCGGCCUGGAGCAUUGUUUCCAACUGAAAACAGUCGGGGACGCGCGUGCCAUCCGCAAGCGGAUUGUGGACAAUUUUGAGAUGGCAUCUCUGCCGACCACAACGCCCGAAGAGCGCAAGCGUUUGUUGUCUUUCGUCGUCUGCGGUGGAGGACCAACCGGCGUUGAAGCAGCUGCCGAGAUCUACGACCUUUGUAAUGAAGAUGUGAUGAAUUAUUAUCCAAAACUCUGUCGUGAAGAGGUUUCGAUUCACGUCAUCCAGUCACGGUCUCAUAUUCUCAAUACCUAUUCGGAGGCAAUCUCAAAAUAUGCGGAAAAUAAAUUCGCUCGAGAUGGGGUUGGCCUGAUCACGAAUGCGCGUGUUGCGGGCAUUGAGGCUGACAAGGUAGUGUAUAGCAUAAAGACAGCAGACGGCAAGACCGAGCAGCACGAGAUACCCACUAAUUUUGUGUUAUGGUCUACCGGGAUUGCUAUGAACCCUUUUACUGCUCGUGUAUCGUCUCUUCUACCCAAUCAGGUUCACAAGAAAGCCAUUGAGGUUGACGCUCAUCUCCGGGUGAAAGGUGCCCCGCUAGGAACGGUUUAUGCCAUUGGAGAUGCUAGCACGGGCGAGACGUCGAUCGUUAGCUAUCUUAUGGAGCUCGUGGACGAAGCGGACAAAAACAAAGACGGCAAGAUUGAUUUUGAAGAAUGGGGAACUAUGGUGAAUGCCAUCAAGCGCAAGAUACCUCUCACCGAGCCCCAUCUGGCUAAGGUGGAGGAGCUUUUCAAGCUAUACGACUCGGAUUCCGACAAUAGUCUCACGUUGAAUGAGCUGGUUGUCCUUCUGCAAGAGAUCGGGAACCGCAUCACCGCGUUGCCCGCUACUGCCCAAGUAGCAUCGCAGCAGGGAAAGUACUUGGGCAAGAAACUCUCUAAGGUUGCAAAGUUGAAGCGUACGAUGACGGAGAACGCGAUCCCUGAGUAUACGGCGGACGAGGCGGUUGCUUCACCUUUCGUUUAUCGCCACCUAGGCAGCCUGGCUUACAUUGGUAAUGCUGCCGUAUUUGACUUCGGUAAAUACAGCUUCAUGGGCGGCUUGGCUGCCAUGUAUGCUUGGCGAAGUAUAUACUGGAGCGAGCAAGUCAGUAACCGGACAAGGGCGCUGCUCAUGAUUGAUUGGAUCGUCCGCGGCGUUUGGGGCCGGGAUCUUUCGAAAUUGUAA